GCCGCGUCCAAUCACAGCGGCCAGCCUCCCGUGCGGGGCGGGGAGUGUUCCCGGCGGCCAGUAGACGUGUGGGGGGCCGGACUUGUCGUUCAUGCUUGGUUGCAGUGGAGCACAGCUUCAAGUGAAGUUAAUCUGAGGGGAAGCAAACAGAAAAUUGUGGAGGUUUUGGUGGUGUGCAACAGAGGAACAUGGCUCAAGAAACUAAUCACAGCCAAGUGCCUAUGCUUUGUUCCACUGGCUGUGGAUUUUAUGGAAACCCUCGUACAAAUGGCAUGUGUUCAGUAUGCUAUAAAGAACAUCUUCAAAGACAGAAUAGCAGUAAUGGUAGAAUAAGCCCACCUGCAGCUUCUGUCAGUAGUCUGUCUGAAUCUUUACCCGUCCAGUGCACAGACGGCAGUGUCCCGGACGCUCAGUCACCGCUAGACUCCUCGUCUGCAUCCGUGCAGCCAAGCCCUGUAUCAAAUCAGUCACUUUUAUCAGAAUCUGUAGCGUCUUCCCAAGUGGACAGUACAUCUGUGGACAAAGCAGGACCUGAAACAGAAGACCUGCAAGCUUCAGUAUCAGAUACGGCACAGCAGCCAUCUGAAGAGCAAAGCAAGUCUCUUGAAAAACCAAAACAAAAAAAGAAUCGCUGUUUCAUGUGCAGGAAGAAAGUGGGACUUACUGGGUUUGAAUGCCGGUGUGGAAAUGUUUACUGUGGUGUGCACCGUUACUCCGAUGUACACAGUUGCUCUUACAAUUACAAAGCUGAUGCUGCUGAGAAAAUCCGAAAAGAAAAUCCAGUAGUUGUUGGUGAAAAGAUCCAGAAGAUUUGAACUCCUGCUGGAAUACAAAAUCCUUUGACCAUCUGCAAACUAAAAAUUGACUUGAGGUUUUUUUUCCUAGUCAUUGGGAAUGUAGAGCGAUGUGUCUUGCAUAGACCUUUUAAUCAUGCAUGUCAUCAGAAGAAUAGAUUUUUGUUUUUGUUUUGAAAAUGACUCUGAACAUUUAUUUCCAUUGCAGUUUCUGUGGCUGAAAAGACUUAAGUAAACUUUACAAGUAUUAUCCUUUUAAGAUCAUUUUAAUUUUAGUUGAGUGCAGAGGGCUUUUAUAACAAACGUGGAGAAAUUUUGGAGGGCCGUGAUUUUUCCAGUAUUAAACAUGCAUGCGUUGAUCUUGCAGUUUAUUUUCUCAUUGUGUGUGUACAUAGCUUUUCUCUGCAGCACGAUCUCUGUCGAUGGCGCCCCUCAGGGCACAACUAGUUACCAGUCACUGAAUGGAUCUUCAUCCUUACGGCUGCUUCUGGGUUUUCAUUAACAAAGGUUCUGCAUAUGUUAGCAUAUAGUUUCUUUGCACCCACUAUUUAUGUCUGAAUCAUUUGUCACAAGAGAGUGUGUGCUGAUGAGAUUCUAAGUUUGUGUGUUUUUAAAUUUUUUUGAGCGAGGGAAGGAAAGGCUGUAUGCAUUUCAUUGCCGACUGCAGGUUUCUUUCAGAUUACGUUCAUCGGUCUGUGUGUAUACAAUAUGAAGAAUGAUCUGAAGUAAUUGUGCUGUAUUUAUGUUUAUCCACCAGUCUUUGAUUAAAUAAAAAGGAAAACCAGAACGUUCCCUUGUA